AUGCAUAAUUAUAACGUCGAUCAUAAAUACAAGUUCUAGACCCGUAUUGGUAAUUGGUUUGAAGAAUGGGAAUUGGAUGAAACUAAGUGAUAAUUUAUGCAUAAUUUAUAUAGAAAGAAAGACUAUUUAAAAAAUAGAUAAAAUGGAUAACUGGCAAGCAUAGUGAAAGACACAAAGACAAAUUUCAGUUUAAGAUUGGCAUCUCUUUCAUAUCCUUAGGAUGAUUACAUUCAUUUUGGAUUUCAUUUGAUGAUUUAGAAUGUGAAAACUUAAGGGUUUUUGUCAAUAGAUAUAUAAGAGAGAUUGAAAAUAGGAGAGGAAGCAUACAAUGUUACAACUGCAUAAACAUCUUAACCAACAGUAAGAUCAGUAUUUGUGAUAAUACCUUAUACAAAAGAACCAAAUUAUUAUGGAGAUGAUGUAUUACAUUACGGAUAACAUUUCAGAAUUGUUGCAAAUCCUAGAAUAUCUAAUAAUAAGACAUUUUAUCUACAUUCACUUCCAUAAACGCCAACAAGAUGUGCUAAAAUAUCAAGAAAAUAAGAAGUUUGUGCAAUUGAAAGUGAUGUAUUUAAUACAGUAUGGAAAUUUGAACAUGCAGAUCCUAGAAUAAGAUUUGAAAUGGAAGGAUAACCUAUUAGAUCAGAUGAUACUGUGUUGAUUAAACAUUCAUUUACUUAACAUUGGUUAGCUAGUGAUGAAAUUAUAUAUUAAAAUGAUUUUGGAAGAGAAAGAGAAGUUUUUGUACAUUCUUAUUAAUGUUUGAAUAAAACUUAAAAUCUGAUAGCAGAAAAAGAAGGUAGAACAACUAUAGAUAUUCCUUUAAGAAAUUAAGAGUAUUUAUCAAUUUUUAUAUAGACCAUAAAAUUUAUGGAAAUUUUAAGUAGCUAAAAAAUAAAAUGAAUAAUUUGAUGAAUCUGUGAUGGAUGAUAAUAGAAAUGUUAAAAAUUUAAUGAUUAGAGUUAAAUAAUAAAUUACAGGUAGGGGAGCUUAUGGAUUGAGAGGAUUGGCUAAAAUAUUUAUGGAAAUGGAUUAAAAUAAUAGUUUCAUUAUAUAAUAUUAUUUAAGAUGGACAAGUAGAGUAUAACGAUUUUAAAUGGGGAUUAAGGAAUUUUGGAUUGAAUUUAUCUGAAGAUGAGACUAAAAUGAUUUUUUAAACAUUUGAUAAGAAUGGAAAUGGUAAAAUUGAAUUCAAUGAAUUUUUGGAUGCAUUUAGAGUAUUUUAGAAUUAAAGAUUAGUCUUAAAUGAAUGAGAAAAGAUUGUAUUAUGUUUAAAGAGCAUAUGCAUCAAUUGAGUAGAAAGCAGGGAAAGUAACCCUAGAAACUAUGGGUAGAUUAAUCAACGUAAAAGAACAUCCAGAUGUUUUAAAAGGAUACAAAACUGAAAGAUAGGUGUUUUAAGAUUUUGUAUCUCAUUGGAAUAAAGGUAAUCCUGAUAGAGUGAUACCCUUUUAAGAGUUUGGAGAAUUUUAUUAAGUAAUGAAUGAUUAGUGAUUGUUUAGGAUGUUUCAUCGUCUGUGCCAUAAGAUGAGAGUUUCGAGGCAAUAUUAAAGAAAUCAUGGAAUUUAUGAUAAUUAUUAUUAAUAC